AUGUAUCGCCUUUUUUUCUCGUUCGUCGUGGCACUCUGCCUGUACACGCGCUGGACGGUCGCCGCUUUAACCGCCGGUGAAAUUGCUAACUCUCUCAAUGAACUGGCACAGCAAGGAUUCGCUGCCAAGGAUCUCGUAUUGGAAAUCAAUUCUACUGCAGACGCUGGGCCUAUUCCGGAUAUCUACACUGAAAUAGACACAAUGAUCUUUGUGGUUCUAACAAAUGUAAAAUUCAUGGUAAACACACCGAUCAUUACCGAUCAGGCAGAGGAGCAAGAGGUCUAUGAGGGAUACUCAAAUUUUGUACAAUCCCUCCUCGAGCUCAUGAACGCCUUUUCGAGCAGCGCAGCCCAGCUGAAAUCCAUCAACCAAACAACCAAGAACAAAGUUCCCUCUGAAAUUCGUAUCUUGCAAAGUGCCGUUGACGCCUACUUCUACAACAUCAUCGGUCUCUUCCCAGCCAAAAGCUCGUACAAUAUCCAGGCCAACAACCAGAAAGCCCAGGUGGAUACGCAUUGCUUCCAGGCUGUCUGGGCAUUUGAUCUUGGUUCUAGCAAUGGUAAUGAGGCUACUCAUCAAGCACACAGAAACAGCUCCCUUCACUCUCGAUGGAUGAAGCGCGGUUCCUGGUGA